AAAUUUAUUAAUUUGUUUUUUUAAAUUAUUAAUAAUUCAAAAAUUAUCGUGUAACUGUGUUGGUGUUAUUAAAAUUAUUAUUUAUAUUUUUUUCUUUAAAUUAUAAUUUUUGUGAAAAAAAAAAAAUUUCAUUUUGAAAUGCCUGUCAGACGAGGUCAUGUUGCACCGAGGACCACUAUCAUCGAAACAAUCAUCCGGAAAUUUGAUACUCAUGAUAGAAGUUUUGUGGUUGCAAAUGCUCAACAAGGACUAUGUCAUAUAAUUUACUGUUCAGACGGUUUUUGCCGUUUGACAGGUUACUCAAGGGCAGAAGUUAUGCAACGACCAGCUGUUUGUGAUUUUCUUCAUGGUCCAAUGACCUCACCCCAUGCAAUUGCUGCACUGAGAGAUGCACUUCUUGCUGGUGUAGAAAAACACUUUGAAAUACUUUAUUACCGGAAAGAUGAAACAAAAUUUUUGUGCAGUGAGGUCAUUGCACCAAUUCGAAGUGAGGUUGAUGACAUUUGUCUUCAAAUUAUUAAUUUUGAAGAUCUCAGUGCUCAACCAACACCACCACCAGUUGUACCAACACCAACACCUAUCAACAACAGACUAUCAACACGCUUUGACAGAGCACGUGCAUCAUUUCGUGCUGGACUAUCACGAACGGGUGUUGUUGGUUCAUCCAGAGUGAGAAAUAGGCCUAGAGCAAGUUCAACAGUAUCACCACAUUGUCAAAUAUCUGAUGGGACCAUUUUAGACGAGGACGCUAAUGAAAAUUGUCCACUGACAUGUGGUUCACCAACAAUGAUAGAAUCUUGGGGAUCAAGUAGAAUUGGUACACCACCACCACCAGCAGCACCAAAUCAAUCAGCCGUAUUACCAUUACCAACAGGAACAUGUAUUUCCGGUGGACAUGUAUCAUCAAUUACAACAACACGAACAAAUAUUGGAAACAGUCAAAAUUCACAAGCCCCUAUAUCAACUCUAGAAGGAGCUUCAACAAAAUCAGGAUUAUGGGAAGGACAAAAUUCACCACCAGUUAAUGAAGAACCAUCUGGAAGUGUAUCACAUGCAGCAAGUUUAGAUGCAAUAUCAAAAAGAAUGAUAAAAUCUGACAUGAACAGAAUACCCUGCAGAAGUUUAACUUGUUCAGUUUUAGCGGGUCGAGGGAGUGAGCGCGUGACCGGCCUCGACCGAUGGCCAGCAACAAUUGAUAAUAUCAUGGAAGCUGCAAAACACUCAAAGUUAUUUCCUGGUGUCGCAUCGGAGAGCGAUUUGCAGAGAUGGAGAACGUCGAGGGAAAGAAAAUCACCGUCCCUAAGUCAAAUGGGAUCGGAUUCUGUCAAGCAUAAAUUUUCUCUUCAGGAUAAUGGCUCGGCAAAAUUCUUCCAAGGGGUUAUGCAUACACCCAACAUGGGAGAAAAAGUUGCUCAGGUAUUAUCACUUGGUGCUGAUGUGUUGCCGGAAUAUAAACUUCAAUCACCAAGAGUACAUAAAUGGACAAUUUUACAUUAUUCACCAUUCAAAGCUGUAUGGGAUUGGAUAAUAUUAAUACUUGUUAUGUACACUGCAAUAUUUACACCAUACGUUGCAGCAUUUCUUCUUGGUGAGCCAGAUUACAACAAUAGAAAAGCCAAAAAAUACAGUGAUGAUCCAAUUGUUAUAAUCGAUUUAAUUGUUGAUGUAACAUUUGUCGUGGAUAUUCUUAUUAAUUUUCGUACGACAUUCGUCAAUACAAAUGACGAAGUUGUAUCAGGACCAUGGAAAAUUGCUGUUCAUUAUCUCAAGGGUUGGUUUAUCAUUGAUUUAGUUGCUGCAAUACCAUUUGAUCUUUUACUUUAUGGCUAUAACACCGAUGAGCUUGGCUUGGACAAGGACGAGACUACAACAUUAAUGGGACUAUUAAAAACAGCUCGUCUUUUAAGAUUGGUAAGGGUUGCACGUAAAAUUGACCGUUACAGUGAAUAUGGUGCAGCUGUGUUGUUACUUUUGAUGGCAACAUUUGCCUUGAUUGCUCAUUGGAUGGCCUGCAUAUGGUAUGCCAUUGGUAAUGCUGAAAGACCAUCUUUAAAAAGUAAAGUAGGCUGGCUUGAUAUACUUGCAAAUGAUACACAUCAAUUUUAUUAUCAUAAUAAUACUGGUGGUCCAAGUAUAAAGAGUCGUUAUAUUACUGCUUUGUAUUUUACAUUUAGUAGUUUAACAUCAGUUGGUUUUGGUAAUGUUGCACCAAAUACAGAUGCUGAAAAAAUAUUUACAAUAAUUGUCAUGUUAAUUGGCUCUUUGAUGUAUGCCAGUAUAUUUGGUAAUGUAUCAGCAAUAAUACAAAGAUUAUACAGUGGUACAGCAAGAUAUCAUACGCAAAUGUUACGUGUACGUGAAUUUAUACGUUUUCAUCAAAUACCAAAUCCUUUACGUCAACGUUUAGAAGAAUAUUUUCAACAUGCAUGGACAUAUACAAAUGGAAUUGACAUGAAUAGUGUAUUAAAAGGUUUUCCAGAGUGUCUACAAGCAGAUAUAUGUUUACAUUUAAAUAGACAAUUAUUAAAUAAUUGUAAAGCAUUUGAAAAAGCAAGUCCUGGUUGUUUACGUGCAUUAUCAUUAAAAUUUAAAACAACCCAUGCACCACCAGGUGAUACACUUGUACAUCGUGGUGAUGUAUUAACAUCAUUAUAUUUUAUAUCACGUGGUAGUAUUGAAAUAUUAAAAAAUGAUAUUGUUAUGGCAAUAUUAAAUCCACCAGAUAUAUUUGGUGAAAAUCCAUGUGAAUAUUCAACUGUUGGAAAGUCUUCCUGUAAUGUACGUGCAUUAACAUAUUGUGAUCUUCAUAAAAUUCAUCGUGAUGAUUUAUUGGAUGUACUUGCUCUAUAUCCAGAAUUUCAUAAUCAUUUUAUUGAAAAUUUAGAAAUAACAUUUAAUAUGAGAGAUGAAGAACAAGCUGGUGUUGAUCCAAUAUCAGCAAGAUUUCCACCAAAUACACCAACUGAUGUUGAUGGUUGUGAUAGAAAAUUUGCAUUUCGUCCACCACGUUAUAGAUAUGGUCCAGGUAAUCAAUCAGCACCAAGUACACAUUUAAUACCAACUGGAAGACAAGAUUCAAUACAAGAUGAUCAAGAUGAUUAUGAUAAAACAAGUGGUCAUGGAAUUCUUGAAUUUAGUACUGAUAAAGCUGGACAAGAUGUUACACCAUUAAAUCUUGAAUUUGAUGAACCAAAACAACGAAGUUCAACACUCAAUUCAAUAACAGAAAAAAAAUGUGUAAGUUUAACAAAAAUUGUUGAACCUGGUUGUUCAGGCAUGCUAACACAUCUCAAGCGAAGUAUACCGGAUCUUCGACAGCACAAGAUUCAUCUACAGCCAUUAACCAGUCACGACUAUCUAGCAAAACAGGUAACAACACCAUUGACAAGACUGCCUAGAAGAAGUUCAACAAAUGGCGAAAGUUGUACAAGUCAUGGUAUCAUUCAACAAGUAUCAAAUGCCUCAAGUCAUUAUACAACACCACCAUCACCUCAAUUACGACAACAGCUCACACAUCCUAAUUCACAUGGAGACUUUCAAAGUGGUCCAGGACGGCCACUCGAUGAAAUAAAUAUUAGAAUAGAUGAUUUAUCAAAACAAGUAUCAUCAUUAGAACGUACAAUGACUGGUGAUAUUAGAUUAAUAUUGGCACUUUUACAACAAUCAUUAGAAACAUCAAAAGAAAGCUCAGGUUUAGAUAUACUACCUGGUACAGCACCAGCAGCUCUUAUAACAACAACAACAACACCAACAACAACAGCAACACGUUCAAUAAGACCACCAGCUCUAACACAACGUUCAGCAAGUGAACCACAAUCAUCAACAUUGCCAGUAACAACAUCAACAAAUGGAAAUAAUAAUAAAAUACAAUCCAGUGCAUCACACAGUAUAUUUCGGCAAACAAGCAGAGAUCCAACAUCCGGUUCAUCUGGUACAUCACGACUGACACUAACAUCGGACACAUCGGCUCUUGCCACUGCCUUGCAAAGUGCUCUAAAUGGUACAAAUAGACUUGCACCAACACGUUCACAAAGUCAACCAGUUGAACUAAUUGUACCACAAUUAGCAUCGCAUUAUCAUCAUACACAUCAUCAUCAUCUUCAUCAUCAUCAACAUCAACAACAACAACAACAACAACAGCCACAAUUGCAUGCUGGAUGGCACAGUCAACCAGCAGCAUUUAGACGUGGUGAAUUUAGAUCUGGUUACAGUUCAUUUAAUAAACGUUCAGAGGCUGAAACAGAUGAUCCUUGGAGUAGUUGUGCAAUAACUGUUAAUGAAACACGAAGUUUAGAUUUACGAAAAGAAGAUAGUACUAGUCCACAACCACAAAAAAUGAGUCCACAGCCACAUAAUAAUAAUAAUAAUAAUAUUAGUAAUAAUAAUAAUAAUAAUAAUAAUCAAUUAGAUGGACAAAGACCAGAACCAACACGACAAGCAAGUGAUGAUAUUUCAUGGGAAUUUACAAUAAAUGAAGCACCAAUUGCAAGGCUUGAAUCACUUGAUGAACUUGAUCAAGAUCAUGAUGCUUAAAUAGAAACAAAUUAUAUUUAAAUAAUAGUGGGUCAUUGAUACAACCCGAUAAUUAAUUACAAUGAAAUAUUAAUAAAUUAUGGGAAACAAUGAAUAAACAAGAAUAAAUAAUAAUUCAUUUGAAAUUCACUAUUGGCUGUGCUUUUGAUUGAUUUAUUUUUUUUUUUUUUUUCAUAUAAAUUUUUUUGUUGAAAACAAAAAAUGUUUAUUUAAAAAAAAAAUUAAAUAAUAAAAAUCAAAUAUUCACGUCCAUUUGUUGAUUUUAUUUUAUUUUUUUUGUUUAAAUUAAUUUGUUAUUUGAAGAAAAAUUAAUUUAUAAAAAUAGUCAAUCAAUUAUAAUUAUUCAGCUCAUAAGUGACUGAAAAUAUAUUAAAAUUAAUUCAUAUAUCAAUUUGAAUGAAAAAAUAUAAAAACAAUAUAUGGAGUAACAUAUCGAUAAGAAUGAGGCAAAUUGAAACAAGGGGAUGAUGAUAAAGUAACACAUCAAUUAUUAAGAAUUUUUUUUUCAUUGAAAAAAAAAUAUAUAAAUAUUAAUAAAUAAAUAUAUACAUUUGGCAAUUUAAUUGAUAAUAAAAAAAAAAGUUCAACGAUAAUGCCUGUAUGCAAUAUUAUACAAAAUUAUUAUAUGCAAUAUGUCGAUCCUGUUUAAAAAAUUAUACAAAAGUUAAUAAUAAUUUGUUUAAAUUAAUAUUUAAAAAAAAAAAACAAUAAUAAAUUUAAAAAUUAUAUUUAACAAAAAUCAUUGCAAUGUUAUGAUAAUUUUAUACCAAUUACGAUUAACGUGAUAAUUAAAAGAACAAAAAAAUCAUUAAUAAAUGACAAUUUAGCUUCAUUUUGAAAAAAUUAUUAAUUAUGUUUAUUGUAUGCUUACGAUAAUUGAGAGAUAAUUUAAUUUUUGUCGAAUAAAAAAAACCGAUUUUUUAUCGUUCUUCUUUGUGCUUUUUUAUUCUGUCAAAAAAAUUAACUAUUGACUUGAUAAAUAAAUAAAAAUGUAAAUCAAUAUUAUUAUUAUUAAAAUAUAAAAAUCAUUUAAUAAAUUUUAACCGUGCACGAAUAAUAAUUUCAAUAUAAAUUUGAAAAAAAAAGCCAUUGAAUUUUACUAAUUAUAAAUAUGUUUAAAAAACAAAUUAUUAAUUAUUAAAUUUUUUUAUUUUUUAUGUAUUAUUGUUGGAUAGAAAAAGAGAAACAAAUUGCACGUUAUUUUAAAGCUAUGCAUUGAAAAAUGAUAAUUAGAAUGAAAAAAGAAGAAAAUUGUCAGAUAAAAAUUAAAAGAAAAAUAAUAAUGACUGACAAGAAAAUAAGAAUAUUAUUAUUAUUACAUAAAUGAUAAUUUAAAUUUAUUUAAUAUUAGAAAAUAUAUUUAUUUUUAAAAUCUCCUAAAAUUGCACUUGAUAAAAACCACAAAAAAUAAAAAUACAAAAAAUAGAUAAAUAAUUAAUAACAGCCUCUUCUUAUCGUUACUAGUCAAAAAUACAAUCACUUUAUAAAUUUUCAAUCACUUCAUUCUUCGGUUCGUCACAAACAAUGAAAUUAAAAAAAAUUAAUAAUUUUGCUAAAUUAAAAAACACAUCACUCGAGAGACCCACUAAAAAAAAAAAAUACAUUUAUGCGCGUCAAAACUCAUCUCGCAAAUAUUAAAAUAUAAAAAAUUGUGAUUAAUACAAAUUUAAGCAAACAACAAAAAAAAAAAAAAAAAAAGAUAUAAAUAAAUAGCUUUAAAAAAUAAAUAAUUAAAUUAUUAUGUAAUUAAAAUAUUUAAAAAAUAUUCAAGUCCAAAAGCGGGGACUCGAAUAUCCAUGCGGAUUUGUCCGUUUUAUUUCCGAGGCUGUGUCACGAGAUUUCUAUCGUGACUACUUUUUAUAUAAAAAUAAAUUAAAAAAAUAUUAACGACAAAUUAAUUAAUAAAUAAAUUACCGAAGGUCAUCAUGAAAGAUGGAAGUAGUCACGAUGAAUGCGCGUUUCGUUGUAAAAUAAUUAAAAAAAAAAAACAAUAUUGAAAUAAUUAAAUAAAAAACAAAAUCACAUUAUUAUUAUUAAAAAAAAAAAAAACCAAUAUGCUAAUUGUUAAGCUUAUUUGUUAUUUUUUUUGUUUUUUCGAAAUAAUUAUAUUAAUAAGGUCGAGAUUAUUGUAUAUAAGUGCGAAUAUUCCUUUAAUUAAAAUUAAUUAAAAAACAAUCCCAAAUAUUUCCUUACCAUUUUCCUAAUUCAUAUAAAUAAUUUCUUUUGAUUCUCGUCGAUUGUGUAUACAUAUUUAAAAUUUUAUGUAAAAUUGCCUCGAAAAUAUAUGUAAAAUAUUGUACGAUUACACGACGAGCGCACAGAUUUGUAAACACAUUAAUUAAAGAUACAAAAAAAAAAAGAAAAAUGAAUUUUUAAAAGUGUUAUUAGUUGUAGAAAAAAUACAUAAUUAUUCCUGUAGAUAUUUAGAUGUUUUUCAUGUCGCAACUCA